AUGGAAUUGAAAUCGACAUGUUUGUUAACAAUAAUCACUAUAAAAACUGUAAGCGCUACCAAAAAUCUCUCUAUUUUCGAAGCCCUCCCAUUUGUGGCAUAUUUCGAUGUGGUUCAAUGCUGUCUUUUGUUGAUUCUGACGAUCGUGAUACUGAUCCUGACUGCCAUUCACUUCCGUCAGUCAACUCCUUCCAAAUUGACAUUGAGUAGGCCCAGUACAUUCGAAUACUACGUCCUAAUCGGAGAAAAAUCAAAUGGCACUUCAAUAUCAAAUUCAAAUAUUGGAACUGGAGCAAGUACUGAGAGAACAAAUGGAACAACUAAUCAAUCAACUGGAAGAGAAUCGGAAAUUGGAACUGGAACUGGAACGGAAACUGAAUUGACGAAAAAUAGCGGAGGAGUUAGUUAUAUUUCAAUGUGA